UUCGAUCAGGUCUCUGUGUGUGUGUUUUGUUUUAAUUUAAUUUCACUUUUUUCUUUUCCUUGUUUCUCACUUCUCAGAUCAUAUAAUCAGGUCCAUAGGUUUGGACUUUAGAGACGAAGUCGAAUGUGCAAAAAUGGGACCUAUCUGGAAAUUUUGAAUUUCUGCUAAAGCAAAGCUUUAAGCUUCCUUGGAAGGGGGUGUUUUUGAUGCUUUUAAUGGAAUGUAAGUUAGGUUUGGAGAACAAAAGCGACAGCUUUCCGGAGCUGUAACGCGAAAAAUCUGAAGAAAUCGAAGCUCUAUUGCUGCCAUUAAUCCUCUUCCGCAAGAUCUUAUUUGCAAAGUUCCUCGAUAUUGCCAGAGGCCCAGACCUCGUUUUUUUUUUUCGUUUCUUUUGUGACGGAAGUAUGAACAUGAACACUCCGUGUUGGACGAAUUUUUUUCUGAGAAAAAAUGGGUCUUUGAAUGAAGGCUUCUGGAACUGUGUUUGAAUUCGGCGAACGAGGUCGAGAAAACUGAGUUUUGGUUCGCUUUCGGCGGUUUGUUUCAUCACUCUCUUGUCUGAGAAGUUCUCCUUGUAGGUCCAUUUUGGGGUUGGAUUAGGGGUCCUGGAAUCAUGUUAACGACGGUGAUGCCUUCCACCACUGCCCGUAGCUCGCUGGAAGAAAUGCUGGAUUCCAUCCGGCGAAGGGACGAGCAGCCUAAAGAUGUACCUCCGGCAUUGCCUACACGUCCGAACUCCAAGGCUCGGCUGCCCUCGAAUAGAAGGUCUUUGCUUCAUAAUUUCAAGAUUGGGGAUGGCGUUACAGUGAACUUGCCAAAUGGUGGCAAAGUGGACAAGGGGGAGAAAAAGGGCCGAGCACAGAAGGAAGAGAGAAAGAGGGACGGGAUUUUCACAGAGGAAGUCAAGGAAUUAGGAACCGAAAGUGGCAGUUUUGGGAGCAAAAAGAUGAAAGUCGACUCGCCUGCAGAGACACCCUAUGGUAGGAGGUCACAAGAAGAGGAAAAUUAUGAAUCUGAUAACAUGGAUCCUUCAGAAGCAGAGCCUUCCACCUCGUUACCGUCAACUGAGGAGUCUGAGCGUGGGUACAACAUCGGCUAUGUUUUGAAGAAGAAACUUCGGGUAUGGUGUUGUCUUUCAAAUGGUCAGUGGGAGUUGGGAAAAAUUCAAUCAACUUCUGGCAAGGAUGCUGUUGUUUUGCUAUCUGGUGGCAGCGUUGUGACAGUGCCCACAGGGAAUAUCUUACCUGCUAACCCAGAUAUCCUUGAGGGGGUAGAUGACCUUAUACAACUAAGCUACCUGAAUGAGCCAUCAGUUCUUCACAAUCUUCAAUACAGAUAUUCUCGGGAUAUGGUUUAUAGUAAAGCAGGUCCUGUUUUGGUUGCAAUCAAUCCCUUUAAAGAUGUUCAACUAUAUGGAAAUGAAUUUAUCACAGGUUAUAGGGAUAAGGUUAUGGAUAACCCUCAUGUUUAUGCUAUAGCAGAUACUGCCUUCAAUGAGAUGAUGAGAGAUGAAGUUAACCAAUCCAUCAUCAUUAGUGGGGAAAGUGGAGCUGGGAAAACUGAAACAGCAAAAAUUGCAAUGCAAUACUUGGCUGCUCUUGGAGGUGGCAGUGGAAUAGAAUAUGGAGUCCUUCAAACAAAUUGUAUAUUGGAAGCAUUUGGGAAUGCAAAAACAUUGCGGAAUGUCAACUCUAGCCGAUUUGGGAAGUUGAUUGAAAUUCAUUUCAGCACAACUGGGAAAAUUUGUGGUGCUAAGAUUCAAACUUUUCUGCUUGAGAAGUCAAGAGUGGUUCAGAUAGCUAAGGGAGAACGGUCAUAUCAUAUCUUCUAUCAACUAUGUGCUGGAGCCCCAGCAUCUCUUAAAGAAAGGUUGAACCUGAAAGCUGCUAGUGAAUACAACUAUCUUAAGCAGAGUGGUUGCUUGACAAUUGAUGAUGUGGAUGAUGCAAAGAAAUUUCACAUGUUGAUGGAAGCCUUAGAUAUCGUUAAACUUCCCAAAGAUGAUCAAGAGAAUAUAUUUGCAAUGCUUGCUGCAGUAUUAUGGCUAGGAGACAUUUCCUUUCAGAAAAUUGAUAAUGAAAAUCAUGUGGAUGUGGUGGCAGAUGAUGCGGUAACCUAUGCUGCCAUUUUGAUGGGUUGCAAAGCUGAGGACUUGAUAUUUGCUUUAUCUACUUGUAAGAUCCAGGCUGGAAAUGAUAAUAUUGUUCAGAAGCUAACAUUGCGACAGUCCAUUGAUGCAAGGGAUGCAUUAGCAAAAUUCAUCUAUGAAAGCUUGUUUGACUGGCUUGUAGAACAGAUAAACAAGUCACUUGAAGUUGGUAAAUGUCGUACAGGAAGAUCCAUAAAUAUCCUAGAUAUUUAUGGGUUUGAGUCUUUUGAGGAGAAUAGCUUUGAACAGUUUUGUAUAAAUUAUGCAAAUGAGAGGCUGCAGCAACAUUUCAACCGGCAUCUUUUCAAACUAGAACAGGAGGAAUACACACAAGAUGGUAUUGAUUGGACGAAGGUUGAUUUUGAGGAUAACAAAGAGUGCCUUAAUCUCUUUGAGAAGAAACCAUUGGGGCUACUGUCAUUAUUGGAUGAAGAAUCAACUUUCCCCAAAGCUAGUGAUUUGACCUUUGCUGAUAAGCUUAAUCAGCAUUUGAAUGCUAAUCCUUGCUUUAAAGGUGAAAGGGGUGGGGCUUUCAGUGUUCGCCAUUAUGCUGGAGAGGUUUUAUAUGAUACAAGUGGCUUCUUGGAGAAGAAUAGAGAUCCAUUGCCCUCUGAUUCUAUCCAACUUCUCUCAUCAUGUAGUUGCCAACUACCUCAAUUAUUUGCUUCCAAUAUGCUUAGUAAAUCCCAGAAGCAAAGUGUCGGAACAAAGUUCAAGGGUCAACUCUUCAAACUGAUGAAGCAGUUGGAAAAUACCACUCCCCACUUCAUUCGUUGCAUAAAGCCAAACAGUAAGCAGCUUCCUGGUGUGUAUGAAAAGGACCUGGUAUUGCAGCAGCUGAGAUGCUGUGGAGUGCUGGAGGUAGUCAGGAUUUCAAGAUCUGGGUACCCAACACGGAUAACACAUAAGCACUUUGCCAAAAGGUAUGGGUUUCUUCUUUCGGUGAAUGUUGUAUCUCAGGAUCCAUUGAGUAUAUCAGCUGCCAUUCUUCAGCAGUUUAAUAUCCUUCCUGAUAUGUAUCAAGUUGGGUAUACAAAGUUAUUUCUUCGAACAGGGCAGAUUGGUAUAUUGGAAGAUGCAAGAAAGAAAACACUGCAAGGGAUACUUUGUGUUCAAAAAUGGUUCCGUGGUCAUCAAGCUCGUUGCUAUUUCCAGAAAAUCAAGAAAGGAAUCACUAAUUUGCAAUCAUAUAUUAGGGGUGAAAAUGCAAGAAAGGAAUAUCAGGAUUUGGUAAAGAGGCAGAAAGCAGUUGCUCUCAUACAAAGGCAUAUGAGGAAACAAAUUACUUGGAGAACACAAAAUGAUAGGAAGAGGGCUGUCAUACUUCUGCAGUCUGUAACCCGUGGUUGGUUGGUUAGAAGGCACUUAAAUGAUAUGGAGAAUUUGGUAAAAUCGAAUUUCAGUAACACAAAACCUAUAGCGAAGCAAGCUGCAAAGAUUCUAGAAAGAAAGGAGCAUACACAGGUUCAAUCUUCUGUUUUGGAAGAGCUCCAGCGAAGGGUUCUGAUGGCAGAAGCAGCAUUGGUGCGAAAGGAAGAGGAAAAUGCUGCACUUCAGGAACAACUUCAGCAAUUUGAGAAAAGAUGGUCAGAUUAUGAGGCAAAGAUGAAAUCCAUGGAGGAGAUGUGGCAAAAGGAAAUGACGUCAUUGCAGAGGAGCCUAGCUAUAGUAAAGAGGAGUCUUGCUGCUGAUGACAAUGCAGGCGAACCUGGAAGGCCUGAUGCUUUGCCAGUGCUUCACUGUUAUGAUUCUGAGGAUAUCACGUCUCCAGGAGCCCACACCCCUGAUGUUACCACCCCAGAGAAAUUAUCUAAUCUUACACCUGAUAAUGGAUUUGGACAAGCAUCUGAUGCUGGUCUUAAUGCAGUUAGUCACCUGGUAAAGGAAUUUGAGAAGCGGAAACAGGUCUUUGAAGAAGAUGCUGGAUUUCUUGUUGAGGUCAAAUCAGGACAUUCUGCUUCUAGUGCGAACCCUCGAGAUGAACUCCGGAAGCUAAAGCUAAGAUUCGAGACUUGGAAGAAAGAAUACAAGCUAAAAUUACGGGAGACAAAGUCCACACUCCAUAGACUUGGUAACUCAGAAGUAGAGAAGACUCGUAGAAGAUGGUGGGGGAAGAAGAGUACAAGAGGAACGUAGCAAUAUGGAUUUUUAAACUUAUUCUCCUAUUUUACUGGCUCUUUCUAAGCUAUUUGGCCUUGAGGUUGCCAUUGCUUCACAUGCUUACAGAGCGGGGGUACAUAUAGCAAGCAUAGAGAGCGGGAUUGUGUACUGCAACAACUGAAGAGAACUUUAAGCAAAGGAAAGGCGAAUUUCUCAGCAUCUAUGGUGCAGUUCCCGUCCUCCCCAUUCCUGGCUGUGCGUCUGCCAGUAUUUAUGGUCUGAGUGUGGUUGGGUUGGAGAAAGGAGAGGCAGAGGGAAAGGAGACGCAAGUUGUAUGUCUCAUUUUUGUUACGUGCUGGAGGAAUUGGAUAAUGGCUAAGAAGCAUGCGAAUGGAUUUUCCCCUCAAGCAGGUAGGGAAUAUUUAUGUAUAUUCUGUUGUCAUUGAUGUAAACACAGUUCAUAGCAUCUGGAACGAAGAAUGUCAGGGAAGAUGCUAUCUUCCAUGUCUCUAACUGCUUCAUGGAACUAUUCAAUGGAUUAAUACAGCUCAUUUUGAUCCAUCUAA